UAGAAAAGAUGCGUGAUUGUUUUUCUCUGUUCCAACUUGUCAUUCAGUGUACAUAUGAUUUCUAGAGGAAGUAUAAUAAAGUUUGUUGUUAUUGUAUCAUAUAUGAAAUUCACUUAAAUCUACGAUAUAAAAUACUUUAAGUUAUGUAAAAAAAAUGGUUGACUUUAAGAAUCUAGAACGGGCGUUAAAACAAUUGAGAGAAAAUGUUGCAGAAUUUUCAAUCGGUGCAGUUUGCAAAGAUGAUUACAGACCUACAGAUGAGAAGAUCGAAAUUUUAAGAAAAUCAAUUCAUCGGUUGACCUCUAGGACGAUAAUGCUUAAAGCUAAAAAAGAUAACACAUUAACUGAGGAAGUACCUACAAACAAUAUGGAAGAUACUUUUCAAAAGCUACAAGAAGAUACAGCUAAAGCAAUUAUAAAUAAUAUUGCAAUUGAACAAUGUCUACAUAGUAGUACUAUACUGGAUGUUAUGUCUGACGAACAUCAAACUGACGUUCAGGAGAAAAUGUACACGGCUAUGAAGAAGUUAUUUAUGUUAAAUGAUGCCAUUUUAUCGACUCAGCAAUCUGUUCAAAAUGCAUUUAAAAAACAAUUGGAUUUAAAGAUUCAAUGUCAGAAAGCAAUAUUUGACCAUCAUAGCUUUUUAAAGGAGAAGGAAGAGCAAAGAAAGCAAAAGUUACAGAAAACAAAUCCUACCGUAGUAAAAAAUAAAGAAAAAAUGAUGAGAAAUAUAAACAAGAUAAAUGUAAUGAAAAAACUUAUCACUAAUUUCAUAGCAACUUCAGGAGAACUCUUGAUGAAAGAACCUUUCUUAUUAGAAAUGUUAGAAAAACAUGCAGAAUUAAUUAACGAAGAAACAACAAGAAAAAUAACAGAGAAUGCUAACAAGGACAAAGUGUAAAAGUGUAGAAAAUGUUUCCUUUUUCUUUCUGUAUUUUCUUUUUUUUUGUUGUUUUUUUCUUUCUUUUUUUUUUCUUUUUUAUACUUUUAUACGACAAUGAUGUAAUCAUAAUAAUAAAUAUUAAUAUUUUUAAUAAGUUUUUGCAUUUCAUAUGAAAAUGUUCAAUAAAAUUUAUGCGAAUCGAUGGACAAAGAAUUGCAAUGAAGAUAUUAAAAAAUAUGUUUCGACCGGUAUGAACUAUUUAUAUUAGUAUUACAAAUAUCUCGCUUUUCUUUUGAUUAUGAAAAAGAAAAAGAAACAUUAAAGAUACUUAUCUGAUUGUUAACUAUCAAAUAGAGAGUAUUUUGAUAAAAAAAUGAUAUUUCUCGCAAUAUUCUUAUUCGUAUAUACAUACAUUCAACAAAAUAGAUUGGCAAAUACAUAUGUUGCAUUAUAAUAAUAAUAAUAAUAAUAAUAAUAAUAAUAAUCUUUUCUACAUACUGUUUUGUUUCAUUUUUUCAUAUCAAUCACAAACUUAAAGUGCAGGGCAAUAAAUUGAAAGAAUUUUAACUUUUCUAUAAAGUAGAUAGAUAAAAGAUAAGAGAGAAAAAAUAGAUGCAUAGAAAUGUGAAAAAUGUACUAAAACAAAUUUCUUUCAUAAACUGAGAUUAAAUAUAUCAAAAUAUGAACAUUUUUAAAUAGUUCCACGUUUAUCAUAUUAAUCGUUCAUUUGAAAAAGAAAUGAUAUCAUGCAUUUGAUAAGAUUAUUAGUACAUAUUCACAUUGCAUCAAUUAUAUUUCCAUUUUCUUUUAACUGCCUCUUAAAAACCACCAAUUUUUCUUUGGUGCCGUCAUGCUUAUGCAAUAAUAGAAGUUUAACCACACAUUUUCAAUGUGGCUAUUUGAUAGAUAUAAUAAUACACAGUUUAUUAUUCAUUGUUAUAUACAUAUAUAUGUAUACACGUGUGUGUAUGGUAUGUGCGGGCGCGCGCAAUUGGUGAGGGAGUGAGAGAACGUUGAAGCUACUACACUCUCUUUACUUUGGGCUUUUCUUAGCAUUUCUUUAUUUUUUUUUCUUUUUUCUUUUUCUUUUUAUUUAUUUAUUUAUUUAUUUAUUUAUUUAUUUAUUUAUUUAUUAUGUGCAUUUUUUUCCCCUUGGUGCAAUGCUUCCUUUCUAUGUACAAAAUAACAUUUAGUUACACUGACUCCCUCCCCUUAUAUUUACUUUCACAAAUAUGUAUGUCAAAAAAGAUCUGCAUGUUUUUCUUAGUUCUCUUCGUCAAAUGCGCAUGCAUACAUACUCAGAUGAAAUUACCAACAAGCACGAGAGCUGCCAAUUCCAUAAAAAUAGCUAUUAUUUGCUGAGCAUCUCUUAUUGAAUGUUAUGUCGAUAAACUAUGCAUAACUGAACACACAGGUAAUUCUUUGAUAUUAAGUGGAAUAAAUAGCUAUAAUUUAAUUGUCAGUAAUAUAAGAAAUUAUGAUCAAAAAUCAUUAGUAUGUUUGGAGACACAAAAAAAAAAAAGAAAAAAGAAAAAAGAAAAAAAAAAGAACAUUCUUUCGAUCUUAACAUAACAUGGUAUGUAUGUAUGUAUAGUAUGUAUGUAUGUAUGUAUGUAUGUAUGUAUGUAUGUAAAUGAAAAUAUUACAGCGUUCAUACAGAAAUUGAGAUCUACACACAGACUGAGCUUAUAUUUCAUUUAACAAAUAUAAAUAAUAUUGAGAAUAUGUUUGAGAAGAAAAAGAAAAAUAAAGGAAAAAAAGAAGAAUGAUCCAACAGAAAAUAUCAAAGCAUUUGAUAUUAACCAAAUAUCUUAAUCUAUCAAAAAUGCAGCAUUGACUAAUCAUUUGUUUUGUAUACUUAUUUAAAUAUCUUACAGAAGUAAUGAAAGGAAAGCAAGAUAGAGCAUUUGUAUUAUCGAAUUAUACAUUGGAAUAAUGAAUAUCAUGACGAUAUAACGAUACAUCCUGUUCCCAGCAAAAAUGCAUGACCAUAAAGACAAUAAUAUCAUCGAUCCUAGGAAACAAAAGUUUUGAUAUAUACAUGUAUACAUACAUAUAUAUAUAUAUACACACACAUAUAUAUAUAUAUAUGUAUAUAUUCGGUGUAUAUGUAUACGUACGUCGCUCUUGGUCCAAAUCAUCUUAUCCAAUUCAUAAAGAUAGGACUUAAAGCAUACAAACUCAAUCCUUGGAAUACAAUAUCACUGUGUAACAAUAUAUGUAUAACGGUCCUUCUAUGGGACAGGUGUACAGGAGUAGUAGUAGUAGUAGUAGUAGUAGUAGUAGUAGUAGUAGUAGUAGUAGUAAUAGUAGUAGUAGUAGUAGUAGUAGUAGUAGUAGUAGUAGUAGUAGUAGUAACAAAA